AUGGCAAAUGACGUGUGGGCAUCUGGGCUGAGUGGUGUUCAGAAAUGGAAAAGGGGAGAAGCUUCAGCAAUUGAGACACUGGAGAAGUAUAAGCAGGCAAGCAGCAAAGAAAAUUUUGAAGUUCAGCAAGAAGCAAUACUAGUUAAUAAGUCAAGAUGGAUUCAUCCUGAAGCAGACUUUGUGAAGGUUAAUUGGGAUGCCUCCUUGAUCAUGAAGUUGAGUAGAAUGGGGAUGGUAAUGAUCAUUAGAGAUGAGGAUGGUGAAACUUUGCUUGCUGCAUGUGACAGUAGGAGGAAUGUGAGGACACCAGAAGUGGCAAAAUGUCAAGCUUUAUGGAAGGCACUGCAGGUUUGCAGUGAUCUUAACCUACAGAAAGUGAUUUUCGAAGGUGAUGCUAAGGCAGUCAUCAUGGCUGUGAAGUGCGAAGAAGAUGAUUUGUCUGUUGUUGGUUCUUUAAUUGAUGACAUUAGAAAAGUUUUUAAGGAUAGGAAAGACUGGUUUCUACAGUUCGAUUAUAGGGAAAAAAAAUUAUGUUGCUCAUACAUUGGCAAAGGCUGCCUUAGUUUUAAUUGA